GGCAAGGAAGCUAAAUGAAGAAUCUCCAUAGAGACCGAGCACUCAGGAAGUAAUCCGAGGGGUAAUGCGAGGAAGGUAGUGAAUGCAGCAGCAGCAUGUCCCGCCCGGUGAUCUCCCCCGUGCGUGUCGGUGCCACGGCUCCCGAGAGCUUCAGUGUUCUCCAGCAGCGAAUCUGCGUGGCUGAAGAGCAGGCGGAGGCACUGAUCCGGGACCUGGGGUCUCUCGGGGUGGCCCGGGAUGAGAUCCUGGGGUCCGACCCACACCCUGAGCCGCGGCGCCCCGUCAGCCCCUUCCACGUCCGCACCGCCUUCGUCGGGGAGGGGGAGGUGCUGUGGAAGAACUAUGAGGCCCUUGUGAGCCGCGUGUGCAGGAUGGAGAGCUUCAUCCACACCCUGAAACUCACUGUCUUCCGGCUGGACACAGAGAGGGAGCUCGACCCCAGACACUCAGUCCAGCAGCACAGGGCUGAGUGUAUUACUGUGCCUGUGUAUUGA